UGAUAUUGCACCAGGGCAAUGGACUAUUUGUUUCCAUUAUUGCUAAGUCUGACGUAAACCGAGUCGCUCUAGCAAUCGACUUGCUUUUUUCUACCUAGUAGUUGGCCUUGAAUGCCUUUUCAAAACAUACUCCCAAAAAAAUUCCUAAAAAUUAUAGCAAACCUUGUUCGCAACUUUUCAAUCUAAAGUAAAUUAUUUUCAAUGGCCGCUAUGAAAUCUAUAAAAACAUCAUGGGCUGACGAAGUUGAAGACUAUGUAGAUGGUCUGCCACCCUCCAAAGAGUACACUGAGGGUGGCUACAAAUAUGUCACCGAGUACAAAUACAAUGAGGAGGGUAAGAAAACGAAGGUUGUCCGCACGUAUAAGGUGGAAAAACAAAUAGUUCCCAAAUCAGUGGCGCGUCGUCGCACCUGGGCGAAGUUUGGUGACUCACGUGAGGACAAACCUGGUCCCAACUCACACACCACAAUGGCAGCAGAGGAGAUUUUCAUGCACUUUAUUGGUUCCAAAGAGUUCGAACAGAAUCAUGAGCCACUGCUGGAUGCCUCAAAGAACAUAGCCAAGUGCCGGAUAUGCAAUGGCGAGCACUGGUCUGUCAAUUGUCCAUACAAGGGCACAUCGAUGGACAGCAAAACACUGAUGGAGAAUAAGGCAACGGCAGCGGCUGCAGCUGUGGUCGGUGAUUCAAGCAAGACGGGCAAAUACGUGCCCCCAUUCAUGAAGGAUGGCGGCAAGGGUAUAUCCCGUGAACGGGACGAUUCCUCAGCCGUUCGUAUCUCGAACUUGUCGGAGUCCAUGACAGAGGCUGAUCUGGAGGAGCUGGUAAAGAAAAUCGGCCCCCAUACAAAGAUGUAUCUGGCCCGCGAAAAGAAUACGGGUUUGUGCAAGGGAUUCGCCUAUGUGCAUUUUAAGUUUCGCAAGGAUGCAGCUGCCGCCAUUGAAAUUUUGAAUGGUCAUGGUUACGAUCAUCUCAUAUUGAGCGUAGAGUGGUCAAAGCCUCAGGCAUAGGUUGCAUUGCUAUUUAAACAGCGGGCUAAAUAAAUAUAUAAGUUUCUCCUCUGAAGAAAAU